AUGGAAAAUGCAGAUGACAAUUCUGAGACAUUUUCCAAGAAAGAAAAAACUGACAAAGAACUAGAAGAUAAAAAUGAAGGUCCCAGUGUGGCUGGUCAAGUUGCUAACCACUAUAAUGCAGUGCCACAAAAAGGUAUAGCGGAGAGGGCAAACAGUCGUAUAUAUUACCUUCGAAAUUUCAACAACUGGAUUAAAAGUAUGCUUAUUGCGGAAUUUUUGGAAGAACUGAAAAAUAAUGGUUGUUCAAGAGCAACAGUACUUGACUUGUGCUGUGGUAAAGGUGGAGAUCUUCUAAAAUGGCGAGUCGGAAAUGUUGCCCACGUUGUUGCUACAGAUAUUGCGAGCGUUUCAUUGAAACAGUGUGAGACACGAUAUAAUGGUAUGAAAAACAAGAAUAAUCAAAGGCGACUUUUAUUUACUGCGGAAUUUAUUGUUGCGGAUGCUACAAAAGAUUGUUUAUCAGACUAUUAUCUAGACAAACGUAUAGAAUUUGAUUUGUGUAGCUGUCAGUUUUCAUUUCAUUAUUGUUUUGAAAGUGAAAAGCAAGCGCGAAGAAUGAUACAAAAUGCUGUAGAAAGAUUAAAACCUGGUGGCUACUUUAUUGGUACCUUGCCAGAUGCCGAAAGAAUCAUGUAUUGUAUUAAAAAUUCUAAAGAUGGAACGUUCAUGAAUGAUGUUUUACGACUAAAUUACGGUGAUGCUGAAAAGCUUAAAAAUAGUAGAUACCGUCCUCCUAUUUUCGGGGCAUUAAUUCAUUUUUCUCUUGACACACAGGUCAAUUGUCCUGAGUAUCUUGUUCAUUUCCCUGUGCUCGAAAAAUUGCUUGCUGAUUGUGGAUUAGAAUUAGUAUACAAAAAACGAUUCCCAGAUGCAUUUGAAUACUAUAUGAAUGCAAGAAAUGGACAAGCAUUGUUAGAACGGACACAAGCGUUAGAACCGUAUCCACCAAACAGUGAUACUAGGUAA